AUGGCAGAAGCUGAAGCAGAUGGAUGGGAAACUGUUUCAUCCGACGGAGAUGAAGCUACUUCUGGAAGUGCAGUUUAUCAAUUCAAAAUCAUUUUGAAGCAUCUUAAACCUCCUAUAUGGCGCCGAAUUCUAAUUUUGAACAAUUCCACGUUCGCGGAGUUCCAUUCUGCUGUUGUUGGUUCCAUGGGAUGGCUGGGUACACACUUGCAUACAUUUCAUGCCCGUGAUAAAGAAAUAGCACCCGUCAAUGAAAAAAAUGACAAUUCGGACAUCAAUAGAUUAAUCAUGCUUAUGAGUGGUCAAUGUGAAGAGGAGAAACUUGAUGAAACUAAGGUGAAACUUUUUGAACAUUUUAAAAUGCCUAAGGAUAGAAUCCUGUACGUAUACGAUUUAGAUGAUGGCUGGGAACACAGCAUCAUUUUGGAGAGGAUAUUGCCGUAUGACAGCAGACCAUAUUAUCCUAUUUGUAUUGCUGGAGAAAGAGCAUGUCCUCCUGAUGAUUGUGGAGGGGUCGAUUCAUAUGAGAAACUUUUGAAAAUAUUAUCCGAUCCUAAUAAUCCUGAGCAUGGAGACAUGAAGGCGUGGAUGAAUCUUAAGAGCAAUGAAACUUAUGAUUCUGAAGCUUUUGAUCCUAUUUCUGUUCGUUUCGUGCGUUGA